UGAUACGUUUGCGAUCCGGCGCAUGAAUCCCGCGCACGGGCAGUGCCUGUGCGCGCGUAUGCGUGAGGCCCCGCAUUCAAACAGCGUAGGCUUCGUGUUACGUAACACCGUGGCCUAUGUGACAACCAUACCGGGGACCAUAAAACCAUUCCGCUGUGUCCGGAGUGACCAUGUUCGGGACACACGCACGCGCCUUCGUUCGCGGUUUGCACCUCCGGUCCGCAGCGAGACAACAGCAGCAGCAGCAGCUCGCGGGAGCGAAGUGAACCGAGAAGAUGCGACUGAGGUGGGCAGUUUAAAUGAAAAGUUAUGUCAUAAAAAAAAAGAUCCGCGGCCGAUGCGAAUCCUGAUGAGCAGCAGAUGCGACCUGCAGGAGGCUCCAGCUUCUGGAUGCAGCUGAUCGACACCCAGCAGUUUACGCCACACUGUCCUUUUCGACCCCCACUCGAUGAGGACAAAGAAGGAAAUAUAUGGACGAAACCAGAGGACAAGCAUAUGACGAGGGCCUCGGGACUCCCUCUAGGGGCGCAGCCGUGUCUGUGCAGCCCAACCGGCCAAAGAAACAACAACAGCUACGGUCUCCAGCGCGAGUCUCCCGGAAGGAGAAAACACAAAACCCUGCCCAGGAAGUUGCCCAAACGCAAGAGCCGCUUCAAACGCUCGGAUGGCAGCACAUCCUCUGACACAACGUCCAGCUUCAUCAAACGCCAGGGGUCAGCUGAUUCGUACACCAGUAGGCCGUCGGAUUCAGACCUGUCAGCAGAGGAGGACCGCGAGGCGUAUCGGCGUGAAGCCGAGCGCCAGGCACAACUGCAGCUCGACAGAGCUAAGUCCAAACCCGUAGCGUUUGCAGUAAAGACCAACGUGAGUUACUGCGGCGCUCUGGAUGAGGACUGUCCCGUCCAAGGAGCUGCGGUCAACUUUGACGCCAAAGACUUCCUGCACAUCAAAGAAAAGUACAACAAUGACUGGUGGAUCGGCCGGCUGGUGAAGGAGGGAGCGGACGUCACCUUCAUCCCCAGCCCUCUGCGUCUGGAGGCCAUGAGGCUCAAGCAGGAGCAGAAGCAAAGGAAAACGGGGGGCAACUCCUCCAGUUUAGGGGACAUGGUGACGGGGAAUCGGAGGACCACACCACCAUCUGCAGGUGAAUCCAAACAGAAGCAAAAACAGGAGCACGUCCCCCCCUACGACGUGGUGCCCUCCAUGAGGCCGGUGGUCCUCGUGGGACCAUCGCUGAAGGGCUAUGAGGUGACGGACAUGAUGCAGAAGGCUCUCUUUGACUUCCUGAAACACAGAUUCGAGGGAAGAAUCUCAAUCACUCGUGUGACUGCCGACCUGUCCUUAGCCAAGAGAUCCGUCCUCAACAAACGACCCAUGAUGGAGCGAUCCAACACCCGCUCCAGCCUAGCGGAGGUUCAGAGUGAGAUCGAGAGGAUAUUUGAACUCGCCAAAACUCUGCAGCUGGUGAUUCUGGACGCGGACACCAUCAACCACCCAGCACAGCUCGCCAAAACCUCCCUCGCGCCCAUCAUCGUCUACGUCAAAGUUUCCUCGCCGAAGGUGCUCCAGAGGCUGGUCAAAUCCAGGGGGAAGUCCCAGAGCAAGCACCUGAACGUGCAGAUGAUGGCUGCAGACAAAUCUCCCCAGUGCCCCCCCGAUAUGUUUGAUGUCAUUUUGGACGAGAACCAGCUGGAAGACGCCUGUGAGCAUUUGGCUGAAUACCUGGAGAUCUACUGGCGUGCCACUCACCUGCCGGGCCACGCCCCUCUCAACCCCCUAUUGGAGCCCAGUCUGACUCCGCCCUCCGCCAUCUCCAGCCUGCAGAACAAGAACCAGCCGCAGCCUUGUGAGCCGGAGGGCCUGCAGGCCGAGGAGGAAGAGGAGGAGGAGGAGGAGGAGGCGGGCGAGGAAGCCCCCUCCCCCCUGGAGCAGGACAGCCUCAUGCCGUCCGACGAGGCCAGCGACUCCCUGUCUCGCGGCCGCAGGGCGAGCCCGUGCCCCAGGGGGGGCGAGGAGGAAGAAGAGGCAGAAGGAGAAGAGGAGGAGGAGGAGGACGACGAGUACGCCUCCCCCUGCCACGCUCGCACGUACAGGGACGUGUACCCCCCCCGCCGGGGGCACGCCGGCGGCGCCCACGGCGCCAACGGGCACGAGUCACAGGACAGGCUGCUCCAACGCGAAGCCCAGCGGGGCCACAACCAGAGGAACAACCGCCAGCGCAGCCGGCCCUGGCCCCGGGACACCUACUGAGGAGCGACCCCCCCUGACCCCCGGGACACCUACUGAGCCCCCCCCCCCCCCUGCAGAAUCACCACGUUCCAAAAACAAAACCAUUAAGCCCCUAAAUAUAAAAAGAGCUGGAAAGCCAGACCCGGAUGUCCAGUUCGUCCACGUUCCA